GUGUGAAAACUAAGGCAGUAGAAGUGUUACACCUCCCAGUUAAUAACAGCAAUAUUAGAACCUGCAAGUUGAAUGGGUAUAAGAUUCUUAGAAUGCGACAUUCCAAACCCAAGCAAAUACGGAGGUACCCACAAAAUUCAAGUGGAGGUGAUGAUUUAGCUGGGUAG